AUGAUGAGCGACUACGUUCCGACAAUCGAUGACCUUCGAGUCAAACUCUGCUUUAUCUGCCGCGAAGAAGAAACGUACGACAAACCAGAAGACCCUCCUCGCAAUUGGACGCAUCCAUGUCAGUGCACGCUAAUCGCACAUGAAGAAUGCCUCCUGGAAUGGAUCAAAACAGCACAAACCAAGUCUACGACCACAGCCGUUGAAAACGCUUUGAAAUGUCCGCAAUGUGGUGCAAGAUAUCAGCUAGAGAGCGACCUACCGUUUGGGAUGAGACUGAUGAACGAAGCGUUGAUCAAGUGGAAUGUAUCGUUGGGCACGAUUGGGAAAUGGCUCCUUACGGCCGUUCCAGUAGGUUUGGUGGCUGGAGUUGUAGUAGGAACCCAUUUUGCUUUGACUCAAUAUGGAGCGUACGCUGUCAAGGAGUUCUUCGGUAACGAACUAUUCGAAGCUCUUCUCACGUCCGAUCCAAGCAAAUGGCCAUGGACCGCACUCAUAAAUCUCCCUCUGAUACCCUUAGGAUUGAUAUCCUACAGGUUCAACUCGACAUACAAUAUCUUCCCCGCAAUCUCUUCCCUCCUUGAUUGGCCCGACUUUCAAAUACGCCACGGACAGAACAGUAAUAACGACCUCCUUCCCUGGCCUCCGUCUCCAUUCACAGUGGGAUUCAUUGCCUUACCCUUGACGAGAUAUCUGUAUAGAAAGUGUCUAGAACGAGUCACGCGUUGGGUUUUGCAGACCUCACCACAACGAGGACUGAAUGCGGCAAUAGAAGGGGAUGACGACGAUCGGCUGUUGGUGAUACGGUUUAGGCACGCACAAGGGAACGAUGGUGAACCAGGUGGAGGAGAUCUGAGAGGUGCAGAAGACGAUAACGAGAAUCCGGGGAACGGAGGUGAAGCAUCUAUCAGGAUUUACGCCUCGCCACUUGGUCGAAGAAUUGGCGGAGCACUUCUCAUACCAUUCAUUUCCAAGCGUAUGGGUAAUCUUUUACUUCGCCUAUCGAAGUAUUCCGAGCUGUUGAGGAGGUUCUUGGCUAUACGACGGCCCGGGAGGUGGCCGUUUUCAUCUUUGACCAUGCGUUCUCCUGCUUCGAUUGGCUUUUCUGCUGGUAAAAAUAUUUUCGGCCAGGAGAGGGAAGGGGAAGUGACAUGGAGGCUGGUACUGAGAGCACUUUGGGGAGGUGGGCGAGCAUGGGCUGAGUUUGACCCGGUUUGGUGGCGAAACACUAUUGGUUUUGGCAUUUUUGUGGUUGCAAAAGAUGUGAUCCACCUCCUUCAUCUUUAUCUCGUCAAGAAAGAGUUUGAAAGUAGACGCGUGAAGAACAGAGAUUUUCGUGGUGUUGAUGUGUCUGGCUUAGAUCUUUUGCAUAGGAGAGAGUCGAGGUGA